AUCUCCAUCGCACAGAACUUCAUGUGCUAGCGAAAUCACCUAUACGCAAUUACAAGGUCUGCAAACCGUCACAAACAUAUUUACGAAGGUACAUGGGGGAGCAUCCCGCUCCUCCACGUAAUCCGUGCUGUACCUCUACAAAGUGGGAAGUCACUUUCAAGAUUAAACCUGACGAUAGUUUGGUAUUUCUUUGAUUGUUUCACGGGAGCAGUAAGAACACCACCUAAAGGUCUUGUUUAGUUACUCCCUAUGGCGUUCAAUAUAACAAUUGGUCCCAGUCCUCAUGGUUCGGAUCAUUCCUCGCUAUCUGACGAAGAAGACUCCUCGGGUGUGCAGGUCUCUCCACCUUCUGACUCAGGAAGCCAUGAUUAUCAGGACCCUUAUGAUGAAUGGGCGCACUUGCCAUAUCCAGACGAACUAAAGCCAUCUGAUUCCGCGUCUCGACCUAGGACAUCGCAUCGUACACGCAGCCGUCACCCGGUCCACGGAUCGUCCUCGGCCCGUCGCCACCCAGGUAGACGUCACGUUGUGCAGGAACGGGAACAUUUUACUCGUCGCUCUCGCCGUCAGCCAUCUCCCGAGUCCCCAGAGAGCAUGGAUUCGGGAGAUGAAUAUGGCAGCCCUUAUGGUCGAGUAUCCCAUGAGAAGAGGGUUUGGCCUCCCGUGGCUCAGGGCCCAGCCUAUGCUCGCAGCUCCUCUCCGGUGCCUUCAUAUGUUUAUCCCAACACUACUACACCUCAUGGGGCUUUUGCGCACCAGAAUGGUCAUCAUACUCCGUCAGACCAGCUUAUAAGGCUGGGCCCCCACGGUCACCCCGCUCAGCCAACCCCUUAUGGCCAUGCAGGCUAUGCUUAUAAUCCCCAACUGCAACAAACUCAUGGCUCCUCUAUGCCGCCCUUUUUCGUUCACGACCAUCAUUUGGGGCACCUUCCGCACCAUCCGCCGCCUUCCAACACUCGGAGCGAUGGGCAUAACCCAUCUCAACACCCAAUGGCGCAAUCUCUCUCAUCUCAUGGCCCCUCUCCCUAUGGGGGUCCUCCACUGGGACCCCACGACUUGAUUCCGUAUGGACCGGGGGGUUAUUAUUCAUUUAGGGAGCCAUAUGGUAUGCUCCCUGGCAUGAUCCAUCCGUCCUAUUUCAAUCCAUACCCCCGCGUACCGUCUCCAAGUCAGGUUGAAUCAAUUGGCUCCUCACCCCCGCCACCUACGGAUACAUCAAAGGACGAGGCAAUAGCAAGGCUGGAGAGAUUGAUCCUGGAGGAAAGAACAGAGCGUGAAGCGAGGGAGCGACGAGAAGCGGCACGGCAAGCGGCAUUGGAGCAAGAAGCUGCUGAGCAAGUUGCAAGAGAAGAGCGUGCCGCUCAUGAGAUGAGGAUCGCAGAGGAAGCGGCUGCUCGUGCUAAAGCAGAGGCAGAACAAAGAGCUUCUGAAGAAGCAGCGAAGGCAAAGAAAGAGGCGGAAGAAGCUGCAGCGGCAGCGGCAGCAGAGGCGGCAGCGGCAGCCACUGAAGCUGCCAAUGCAGCGGCGGCAGAAGCUAUUGCUGCAGCGAGGGCUGCCGCAUCUGAUAAACCUCUCCCAGAGAAGAAGAAACCCAUAAAGUUCAAGGAUGCAGUCGGGCGGAAGUUUAGCUUUCCCUUUGAUUUGUGUUGUACUUGGCAGGGCAUGGAAGAACUCAUCCGGCAGGCUUUUCUCCACAUAGAAGUAAUUGGGCCCCAUGUCGCCGAGGGACAUUACGAUUUGAUAGGCCCCAAUGGGGAUAUCAUACUUCCUCAAGUUUGGGAAACUGUGAUCGAACCUGAUUGGACAAUUACUAUGCAUAUGUGGCCUAUACCAGAGAAGUCGAAGACCCCUGAACCCGCUCCACCUCCGGAGCCCCCUAUCCCAGAAGCUGCUACUACCCCUGAAGCUUCGACAGCACCGGAUGUGGUUGUCGCCGUUCCUAGCGAGGAGCCAAAAAAGAAAUCUGAGUCAACAGGUGCGUCUUAUGCCCGUCAUCUCAUCAGCAGUUCUUCGAGUCCACUUGCAUUCGCCCAUCCCAUACAUCGAACUGACUUGGUUCUCUAGGAACAAAAAAGCCACGAGCAAGGGCUCCUGAUCCUGGUGCAUUUGCCAUGUGGAUGGUAGGUGGUAACCGCAGGCUGAACAAGGCUUUAAAAGCGGGAAAAAAGCUUAGAGUAGUCCUGCAGCACGGAUUUUCUUGUCGUGUCAUGCGGAUAUGAUCUCUUAAUCUUUUAGUUGCCUUCAGACUGCGCAUUGUGAGGAGUAUUGGCCCGCACCUUGCAGGGU